ACAUUGUAUUUACAAAAACAGAUGAUGGUGGUUUUAUACUAGAUUGUCAGUAGUUAAAAGUAUUUCUUUUCUUUUUUAGCGACAAGAAGCAAAGGAGUUACAAACAAAGGUUGUAAGGUGCAUUCAGAAGUUCAGAGAUGACAUAAAAAAGCUUGAAGUUGAAAAUGCCGAGUUAAAAGUUACAGUCAAGGAGCAAGCAGGCCAAAUUGAACAGCUUCAGAAAGACCUGUUAAGUUCAAGUUCGUGUGGUGAUGAAAAGGAAAACCUAAAGAAAUGUAUGGAGUUAAAACAGCCUUUGCAGUUCAGGUUGGAUCAAGAAGUGAAGAAAAAUGAGGAAUUGGAAAAAGAGAAUACUGGGCUUAAGAACCACUUAAUAAACAUGUUAAGAAGGAUAUUAAGUAAAUAUGAAAAUGGAGAGCUUCCUUUCUAUGGAGAUUUAAAAACCAGUCAAACGGAAAUGGAAAUUCAGAUUAAUAUGCUAAGACAGAAGAGACAAGCAGCAUCUCAAGAAAACUUAGAGCAGUUAAGAGCAAGUCAUGAUGCUUCAAUAAGCAGUCAAGUGGCACUCAGAAUUAAAGAGCUGGAAUCUGAACUUCAAUCCCAAAUAAGAAAUUCUCAGGAACUUAAAAUAGAAUUGGAAAAGUACAGGCAACUCUACCUAGAAGAAUCAGAAAUGCGAAUGUCAUUGACAAAAAAACUGAGCAAGACUAAUGAGAGGCUGGCAGAUAUCAGUACCAAAUAUCUGGUGGAGAGACAGCAGAACAGACCUUUCCACAGCACUCUUACUAUGGGACCAGUCUUGGAAGGGCCUUCUGUUGGAAAUUUGACUAGUAGUUUACUGCUGGAUAGAAAUGUUACUCCAAGAGAAAAUGUAAUGAUUCCUACCUCAAGGCCGCAGACUUCAGUUAGCAGCAUUGAAACUCACUUGUUCAAGUGGCUGCACAAGCCUGCGUUACCACCUACAGUGGAAAAAGACUCCCCUUUCUCCACAUCCUCACCAACAUCUGCCAUUUCCUGAUUUGUUCAUUUUAGC